AUGAGCAAAAAGGAGGAUGUCACCACUCCUGAGGAGGGGGUGGACGUCCUCGUUCAACCUCUUCCUCACCCUUCUCGUCCUACAGAACCAGCUCCCUUUGCAACAAGAGAACCCGGUGCUUAUCCUGGUGCACCUGUGAGUGCAACAAUGCCUCCUCCUCACGAGGCAUCUGCAGCAGAGAUGACAGAAGGAGAGAGGGAGUCAUCAACCGGUACAGCAGCUGGGGCAGCAGCAGCAGGUGGUGCAGGAGCAGCAUUACACAGCACAGUUCCUUGCAGCAUGGGUCCUGCUAGUCGUCCUCCUCCCCAAGUAAUGACAGCUUUAGGACCUAUGCCUCUUCCCCCGGAGAUAAGAAGACGUAUACCAGAGAAGUUUGUUGCAAGACCAAUUAUAGAGGAAAGGGAGAUAUAUAUAGCAAAGAAAGAAGUACAAGAAAGAACAAUAGAAGUACCACAUGUACAUUAUGAGCAUAAGUUUGCUGAGGUAGCAAAAAGUCUAAAAAUAAAGAAGAUUGUACCUACUAUAACAGAAGUAAUAAAAGAAGUACCUAGAGAAGUAUAUAAACCUGUAGUAGAAGAAAAAGUUAUUGAGGUACCACAAGGUGUUAAAUAUGUUGAGGUACCUGUAGAGGUACCCUGUCUAUAUCCACCAAAAAUAGUACCAAGACCUAAGGUACAAGUAGUAGAGCGUGUAGUAGAAACCGUUAAGCCUGUAGUACAAGAAAAGAUAAUAGAGGUACCACAGACAGUAGUUAAACAAAUACCUAAAAUAAAAACUGUAGAGGUACCUUAUUAUGUACCUCGUUAUGUAGAAAAAAUUAUUGAGGUUCCUUAUCAGCCUCCUGAUGCUGCUUCCUUACCUCCUAUACUUAGUGGUACAUUACCAUCAGGUAUUGCUGCUAAGAUGCCUCUACCUUUCCAGAUGGGUCCUGUUCCUCUUAGUCAGAUGAAUGGUCUAAAUCUUCCUUAUGAGGCAAAGAUUGAUGUACGUAUAAGUCAGCAGCCACCAGGACAAGAACAGCAGCAACAAGGAGAACAAGGAGGACAGGGAGGACAAGGACAGCAACAACUUCAGCAGCAGAAUACAUCUUGUACAUUAACUAAUCCUGGAGGUGCACCAGCAAUUGAACUUGUUCAAGGAUUUAGAUGGGGUAAACCUCCUAAUGCUCCUCCUGUUAUUGAGGCGCCUUGCGGGGGCACGGGUGCAGCUGGACCUGAUGGUGAUCCACGCAUGCGUUAUAUGCCUCCUCUUAUGGUUACAUGUCCUCCUGAAGUAGGACAAGUUAACUUUGCUGGAUUUGUAGCAGAGCCAGAUAUUCUUACAAGAGAUGGGGUUAUGGCAUAUUCAGGUUUCCGUGCUCAUGGUAACUUUAAGAUGCUAUUCCCUCCUCUUGCUCCUCAACCAGGUGUACCUAUGAAUCCUGCAGGAACUCCAGAUGUACGAACUAUUGCAGAAACACAAAGUUAUAUCAGCGGACAACAACAUAUUGAUGCAUUACAACAGAAAGCAACAGAGAUCGAACAAGAAUACGAAAACCCAACCACCAACUGGUGCGGACAAGCCCCUCCUCCUACUGCAGGAACUGUAUAUGAACAGUAA